AUGGCUGCACCACCGAAACCUACAAGAAUAGGCCUUGCUGGUUUGGCUGUCAUGGGCCAAAAUUUGGCCCUCAACAUUGCAGAGAAAGGCUUCCCCAUUUCAGUAUAUAAUAGGACUACCUCCAAAGUUGAUGAGACUGUUGAGCGAGCUAAAAAUGAAGGAAAUCUUCCCCUUUAUGGCUUCCAUGAUCCUGAAUCUUUUGUUAAGUCAAUCCAGAAACCUCGGGUCAUUAUCAUGCUUGUCAAGGCUGGGGCACCUGUUGACCAGACCAUAAAGACCCUCUCCGUCUACCUGGAGAAGGGUGACAGCAUUAUUGAUGGAGGUAAUGAGUGGUAUGAGAAUACUGAGAGGAGGGCGAAAGCAAUGGCUGAAUUAGGUCUUCUUUACCUUGGAAUGGGAGUUUCAGGUGGUGAAGAGGGGGCUCGAUAUGGGCCCUCUAUGAUGCCUGGAGGAUCCUUUGAGGCCUAUAAGUACAUUGAAGACAUUCUUCUUAAGGUGUCAGCUCAAGUUCCAGACAGUGGCCCCUGUGUGACUUACAUUGGCAAAGGUGGGUCUGGUAACUUUGUUAAGAUGAUUCAUAAUGGGAUUGAAUAUGGUGAUAUGCAGCUGAUAGCAGAGGCUUAUGAUGUACUGAAGUCAGUUGGAAAGCUGUCAAAUGAGGAACUCCGAAGCGUUUUCUCAGAGUGGAACAAGGGAGAGCUUCUGAGCUUCCUGAUUGAAAUCACUGCAGAUAUAUUUGGAAUCAAGGAUGAUAAGGGAGAUGGAUAUUUGGUUGACAAGGUUUUGGACAAGACUGGCAUGAAGGGUACUGGUAAAUGGACUGUUCAGCAAGCUGCUGAACUAUCAGUUGCAGCUCCCACAAUUGAAUCUUCUUUGGAUGCAAGGUUCCUCAGUGGUUUAAAGGAAGAGAGGGUUAAAGCAGCUAAAGUGUUCAAAUCAGCUGGUUUUGGUGAUAUCUUGACUGCCCCAGAGGUGGAUAAGGCAAAGUUGAUCGAUGAUGUGAGGCAAGCUCUUUAUGCAUCCAAGAUAUGCAGUUAUGCACAAGGGAUGAAUCUUAUCCGUGCAAAGAGUAUUGAGCAGGGAUGGGACUUGAAGUUGGGGGAGUUGGCUAGGAUUUGGAAGGGGGGCUGCAUCAUUCGAGCAGUGUUCCUGGACAGAAUUAAGCAGGCAUAUGAUAGGAAUGCUGAUCUUGCAAAUCUUCUUGUGGACCCAGAGUUUUCGAAGGAGAUCAUUGAGAGGCAGUCUGCCUGGAGAAGGGUGGUAUGCCUUUCUAUCAACUCAGGCAUCAGCACCCCAGGUAUGUCAGCUAGUCUUGCUUAUUUUGACAGCUACAGGAGGGAGAGACUGCCGGCUAAUUUGGUCCAAGCUCAGCGAGACUACUUUGGUGCUCAUACAUAUGAAAGAACUGAUGUAGAAGGUGCUUUCCAUACUGAAUGGUUCAAAAUUGCCAAACAGUCAAAGAUUUAA